GAGCGAGGGCCGUUUUAUUGAAUAAUAGGUGGGACUGUCCGUAAUUGCGUGGUCGCUCCGCUUGUGUGCGUACCGUGCGUACCUAUUUAAUCAUAAUAUUCUUCGUGGGUAACGUGGCCCAGCUGGAAGCAUGGCGGGACUGGUAGCUGAUUAUGGAUCAGACAGCAGUUCAGAGGAAUCCGAAGAGGACUCUAAUAAUUCUGAAGAAGUUCAAGACCAGGCUAGGACAACUCCAGACGCGGACGAACGGCUGCCACUGCCUAGUUUCAGCGCCGAGCUGCUGGGCACCUCCGUCUUCAGCAACCCGUACCGGCAGGCGGAGGACGCGCGUCGGGCCGUUCUCGAGAAGCACGUAAAGCUGACUACGGCGCCGGCCGACCUGCGCCAGAUCAAUGGCAAACAGGUGUGCUGGAACUACCGCAAGGGCCGUUGUCGCUUCGGCCGCGGAUGCAAGUUCGCGCACGACUCGGACCUGCAGCGAAGCGGUGACGAGCCGGCCGAGCCGCCGCCGACGACGACGCACGAGCCAGGCUCCAAGCGGCCGGCACCCCCUGUCGACGGCCUGGUGCCCAGCAAGAAACGGCCAGGACUCAGUCAGACUCUUGUGCCAGGCAAGAAGGUGGUGAAAAUGUAUAACAGGACACGCAAGGGACCAUUAGUGUGAGACUCGUUGCGCUGGGGAAGAUGCCUGCAAGCAGUCAUAUGCAUUGUUUGUUGUUUUAUUUGUACAGCAUUCUCAUCCAAGCACAUAUUGUUCGCCCGAGCGUUUGCAAGUGCCGGCUCUUUUGAAACAACGGGCUUAAUGGAUGCAAAUGAAUGAACCCGUUUUACAGAGGUGUUCUUGUCAUUGAUACGGCGGACGAACGCGCCGUUGUUUGGGGAGUCUGAGGUAUUACCAGUCAUCCCGGGAUAUACUUCCCUAUUCAAUUGGGCAAAGGCUUCAUCCUCCCUCCCCUCAGUGUUGAGAAGCGGGCCAACUGGAGCAGAAACCAGUUCACUGUCUAUUUUGGGGGCAGGCUUAAUCAUUUUCCGGUGUUCGGCCACCAUACCUCAUUUUGCGAAGCUAUGGCCCUGCAGCCGUCGUCACGUUUUGCAUAGUUGAGGGUUACAAACACCAGAUGUACCUGUACAUUGCAUGCCGUAAGAAUACAUUUCUUGACAUGGUUAUUCGUUUUCCGUAUUUCCGGCCGUUCAGUUAUCGUAGAAAUGUCUCAGACAUAUAUGGUAGCUGUGCGACACGUCUGAAGACGAAUGUUAGGGACCAGGAAUGUAAAGUUCUUACGUUGUUUUUAUCAUUUUUUACCGUGAACCUGAUGUUAAAUACGUUAUGCUAGUGUGUACGCAGGAUUUCGUGAUCGUGUGGAAGAUCAAGACCCAGAAGUUGUUAAUAAAAAAACAAGUAAAGCGCGCCGCGUGUAUGCGCAAUUUCUUAUGUGCCC